AUGUCGCCGUUGUUGAAGGAUUUCCUCAACAAACGCAUUGUAGUGGUCACCACUGAAGGGCAAUGUGUCUGUGCGACGCUGGAAGGUUUUGAUAAGAGCACCAACUUGCUCGUUUCAGAGGUUCGAGACCGGGUUUCUGGAGCACACAUAGCCACUUCCUACAUGAUGCGCGGCAAUCAAAUUGUUUGCUGUGGUCUCUUGGAUGAGACCGAUGGCUCCGAUACUGCUUUGGUGGGACCAGAGGCACCAACUCUCAAGGACACCAAGAACGUCGUGCACGAUGAACAUCUCAUUUGGCAGCGCGUUUGGGCCAGCAAGCAAAAAGCGGCUUCGCCGUCUCUUGAAUAG